AUGCAUUGCUCCAACACCGGGGCGCUCUUGCACACGUACUUUCUUGUCCCGGAUGCAUCCCCUUCCCUGACGUCGUCCGUUUUGCCCAACGUCGAGAUCGACGGCCUCGCGGGCGUCGAGUACGUGUGCAAAGUUCGCAACGAUUCCCUCGUCGAGUCGCGCGCCGCCGUAACGAUCGCAUCCGAGACGGACAGCGUGUACAAGAACACGUCCGAGCGAUUGACUGUGCGUCUUGGCGAAUCGCGCACCGUUCGAGUGGAAAAGCGCGCGUACGUUGUCGGUGGCGGCGCCGUCCCGAGCGAUGUCGUCGUGUGGAACCCAUGGACGGACAAGGCACACGGCCUUUCGGACUUUGCCGACGACGAAUACCCCACGAUGCUGUGCGUCGAGCCAGGGGUGGUGACCCGUGUUCAAGACAUUCGUCCUCACGAAACACUGGUCUUGACGCAAACGUUGAGCCUGCUGUAA